GGCUCUGAUUCAGAAAUUCAGCAGAUAGUGGCUGAUCUGGAGUCAGACAGCGAGAUGAAAUUAUACCGUUCCACUCUCAUUAUAAGACCCUCUCCCACCCACGGGGGCAUGGAUGAAUCAAAACAGGACUUCCGCAAAGUCUCCCAGGUCACCGACAAUGACACCACAGACCACACUGAAUACAGUGUGGACUACAGUAAAAGCACUAUCACUGACCCCGAUAGAACUGAAAGUGACCUAGAUCCAGUGGUACCAGAAUACAAAUGGAGUGACCGGUAUGAGGGGGUGCAAACCACUUUUGACCCCACAGGGGUGUCCUGGCGCCCUGACUCUCAGUCGGAUGAGUCAAGAGUGUCCACGCACAAUGUAUUCUACUCCUCCCUGUCCCCCUCCCUCCCUGUGUACAGACAACACCUCGCCUCCCCCGGGCCGCCAUUCCAGGAACCUGGCCUGUCCUCCCACUCCUCGAACAUGCCCGGUUCCCCCGGCAACGGUCACUGGCUGAGCGACAGGAGCGAAGUUCAGCUGAGCCAUGAGAGUAGCGAGCCAGAAACAGGCAGGGGGAGGAGGAGGGAGUGGGAAGAGGAGGAGGAGCUAGCCACUGCACCUGCAGGACAGAGAGAGAGAGGGUUAGAGCAAAAUAGUAGGGCGGGAGAGUCUGUGGCAAAGAAGAUAAAAUCAGGCUGUGAUCCACAGUCGCUCCCAGUCUCAAACUUCUCCUCGGCAGGUCAGUCCAUUGACGACGUGGACUACAGCAGAGACAGCAGUGACUUCUUCUCUGGGGUGUACAAGGCCACACUCGUGGAGCUGCUCCCUGACCCCUCCUCGGACCCUUCCCCCUCUUCCUCUCCCGUGACCCCUGACCCAGGCUAUCACGGUGAUAUGGAAUGCCUGGUGGACACCCUGAAGAGCAUGAACCCUAUCCCGGUCCAGAGGCAGAGGAGCCUGCGUGGGUCCACUGCCCCCUCCAUUUUCUCCUCCCUUUCCCCUAUCGUGGAGGAUGCCCCCUGCUCCACCCCCACCAACACCAAAUCUCCCCAGGUGCCCACUGGGUCUUCGCUGGAGGUCUCUAACGACCGUUACAUCCUGCCCGCAGACCUGGGCCUCAACCGGGGUGCCCCCAAAGAGAUGCGCUCCCCUCUGGAGAUGAUGAAGCUCCAGCAGCUCCAACAGCAGCAGGAGCAGCAGGCUGGGGACCACCAAUGGGACCGUGGAAGCCUCAACCUCCCACUCCGAGCCUCGGCUCUUAACAGCAUCAUCGUGAGGAAGAGCUCCUUGGGCAGUGACUCAUCCUCAGAGCACUCGCCGUCCCCCAUACUAAACGGAGGGAGCAACAACCAGUCUCCAAGCCCCUCGCGCCUGGACAACUCGUUCCUCUUCUCCAGCUAUCGUUCAGCAUCGAUUGAUCAGCCACAGGAGAACGGCAAGGCCCAUAGCCCAGGCCAGCGGCCCUCUCUGUUCCGUACGGGCUCCCUACCGGACAUAGGGCCUAACCAGGACCGCAUGAGCUCAGGGGUUGGUAUGGGCAUGGCCGGUGGGCCUGGGAGCGGACUUGGAUUUGAAUCUGGAGCUGGAACCGGAACUGGAACUGACCCUUCAACCCCCUUCCGCUACGAACGUUUCUCCUCCCUCAUGUCUGGCUCCUUAACCGGACACAACACAGACACCAACUCUCGAAUGAGCAGGCCCCCUCCCCUCCCUAGCUUCACCUCUACCCUCGGAAGCCUUGUCAGUCCCACAAGCUCAUCUCUGGACAUCCACAGGUCGUUCGCCAAUUCUAACGACUCCCAGUCCAAGCUCAGCCCGGGACUGGGUGGUAUGGGCUCUGUGGGCUCUAUUGGUCUGGGUCUGCAGAGGAGCUUCAGUAACGAAGGCCUGAACUCCCCACUGUUCAACACGGGGUCCGUCCAUGGAGGGUCCGUCCAUGGAGGGUCUGUCCAUGGAGGAUCUCACUUCAGUCCAGAGCCAGAGAAGAACCUGGUGCCCAAGUAUAGAGCUUUCCCCGAUGCCUAUCUCACCAAGGAGAAAGAACAUGGAAAGCUCAACCCUCGGCCAGGAAAGAUGUUCAUCUUUGACCAGCCAGGGAUGUGUGGCCAGCGGAUUGAGGUGCGGAGUGAUGUCAUUGAUGCCACACCCUGGCAACUACAGGAGACCAUCUCGAUCAGGGUUGUCAGGGGAGGCUGGGUCUUGUAUGAGAAGCCCAACUUCAAAGGGGAGAAGAUAGCUCUGGACGAGGGGGACAUAGAGCUCACCUACCCCUUCGACGCCCCUGAGGAGGACGAGGAACAACAACGGGAGCAAAAUGGAGUGGACGGGCAGAAGGAGGGAGGAGAAGAAGUGGUGGAGGCCAAGCCGGCCAGGAGGUUCAUCAUAGGAUCAGUACGAAGAGCAGUCAGGGACUACAGUGUGCCAGAGAUCAGUCUGUUCCCAGAGGAGAAUGCCGAGGGGAAGAAGGUGACCUUCAGAGACACGUCAGAUGACGCCAGGAUAUUCGGCUUCCCCAUCAAAGCCAACUCUAUCAUCAUCAACGCUGGACUAUGGCUGGUGUACCCUCAGCCUUUUUUCCAGGGCGUACCACGUGUCCUGGAGGUGGGGGGGUUCCCCAACCCUGCAGCCUGGGGCGUGGAACAACCCUACGUGGGCUCAGUGCACCCUCUCAAAAUCGGUGAACCGAGAGUGGAGAAACCCGGUGAGCCAAAGCUCGUGCUGUAUGACAAGCCUUACUUCACUGGGAAGAAGAGGACGAUCUACACCAACAUGAGAGACUUCAUGACCAGACUGGAUAGGCAGCAGACUGCCUUCAUGUACAGCCCUGGAUCCAUCCAAGUACAGGGAGGCUGCUGGGUGGGCUAUGAGAAGGAGGGUUUCCGAGGCCAUCAGUAUCUGUUGGAGGAGGGAGAGUACCACGACUGGAGGGUGUGGGGGGGCUGCGAUGCCGAGCUGCGCUCUGUCAGAGUCAUACGAGCGGACCUGACGGAGCCCAUGCUGGUGAUGUAUGAGCAGCCAGACGAGGAGGAGGAGGAGGGGAUGGUGGAGCAGGAGAACACCUUUGAGGUGACCAAAGCCAUUCCUGACGUGGAGCUGUUUGGUUUCCACACAACCACGCGCUCCAUCCAGGUCCUCAGUGGAGCAUGGAUCGCCUACUCUCACGUGGACUUCUCUGGUGACCAGUAUAUCCUGGAGAAAGGUUUCUACAGUAACUCUGCUGACUGGGGCUCUACAGACAACCGCAUCUGCUCUGUCCAGCCCAUCCUACAGGCUCCGAGCGAAAACCAGGGCAACGUCAGAAGAGAGGUGAUGCUGUACACGGAGCCAGAUUUCCAGGGUGAAUGCCAUCUGUGUGACAAGAACCAGGAGUCCCUCUCUGACAAGCUCAUCGCCAAGUCCUUCAGAGUGGUGGGAGGAAGUUGGGUGGUGUACGAGGGCCGUGAGUAUUCAGGGAACCUGUACAUCCUGUCAGAAGGAGACUACCCCAACUUCACCAGCAUGGGCUGUCCUCCGAACUGUGUCAUACGCUCACUGAAGACUGUCCCGCUGGUAUUCUCAGUGCCCUCCAUCUCUCUGUUUGGUCUGGAGUGUUUGGAGGGCAGGGAGAUCACAGUGGACACAGAGGUGGUCAAUAUGCUGGAGGAGGGCUACAACAACCAUCUACUCUCUGUCAGAGUCAACCGAGGCUGCUGGGUGCUGUGUGAGCACAGUAACUACAGGGGGCGCCAGUUCCUAUUAGAACCCAUUGAAAUCACCAACUGGCCCAAGUUCAGUCAGCUUCUCACCAUUGGCUCAAUGUACCCAGUACGACAGAAGCGGCGCUUCUUCCGCAUCAAGAGCAAGGAGCGAGGUCACUUCCUGUCCAUCCAGGGCGGCGUAGAGGAAAUGAAGUCAGGACGCGUGGUGGUGAUCGAGCAGGUGGAGGGCAUGAGCGACAUCUGGUUCUACCAGGAGGGCCUCAUCAAGAACAAGUUGGCUCCUACUAUGAGCCUGCAGGUGAUGGGGAAUGUGGAGGCGGGGGCGAAAGUGGUGCUGUGGUCAGAGGCCCGGCAGCCUGUCCAGACCUGGUCAGCCCAGAUGAGAGGCACCAUCCCCAGCCUUACCUUCCCUGGUAUGGUGUUGGACAUCAAGGGUGGCAAGCAGUACGACAGAGACCAUGUGGUGAUUUUACCAGAGAGUGAGGAGAGGCCUUGCCAACAGUGGGAGUUGGAGCUGCUAUAACCUUCCAACAACCUUCCCUCAACCCACAACCUUCACCCGCUCCUUCAAUACAAUACGUUGCAAUAUCACCAACCCUCUCAGAACUCCUGCUUUUCAGUCUGUGGAGAUGGACAUUAGGAAGCACCACAGACUUAGCCUUGUCAUCACCAGGCACCGCAAGAUGUUCUGAGAACGUCUUCAUUGCAGUUAAAGGGUUUUUCCUUUCAUUCCGUGAAAAAACCCUACGAGGAUGAUCAUUUCUUGGCUCGACGUGAGGACCGCAGCAUAUGAACGACUCGACAAUAAACAACCAGUGCCUUUUGAAUCAACCGGAGAGGAUGAGAAGGAUAAUGCUUCACCCCCCCACUCUCCUUAAAUAUGUAUAUUUGGAUUAUUCUAUUUACAGACAUUCUACGCUAUCAGAUUCUUCCAUGACUUGGAUGGUAUGAUCCGGCUUACCCACACACACAGUAGUGGACUUAACCAUUCAUUUGAACUCACCAAUGAUUAUUGGGAAGGUCAAAGUUACAUCUACUAAAUGGUACAUUAUCUGUGGCUAUAUGCAGUAUAUUUAAGAUGGAUUCAUAAAGGAAGCCACGUCUAUGCAAGUUAUUUUCUGAAUUGACUUUUUGGUUGUAUUUUGUUUGACUAUGCAAUGUACUACGUUUUGGGAAAACAUUGGAUGGGAAGUGUAUUCUUGAUGCAGUAUAAUACAUACACAAUACAUAUAAUAAUGUAUGAUGCAGUAUAAUACAUACACAAUACAUAUAAUAAUGUAUAAUUCAGUAUAAUACAUACACAAUACAUAUAAUGUAUGAUGCAGUGCAAUGACCCUGUGGGCUUUUAUGCAGUUCUUCUCUCAUGCUACAAGUAUGUUCAUCAAGUUGGUGUUUCUAUUCCACUAUGGUAUUACUUCUGUACUUGCAUAGAUAUUAAUCAUACGUUGCCGUUCACUGUCAACAUACAUGUUGCUCUAUUUGUUAUAUAACACCAAAUGCCUUGCUUCUCUGUGCAUUCUUUUAUACCAAAAAUAUGUGAUUGGAAAUAAACGUGGUUUUAAAAUAUCAAGUUUAAAUAAAACAUAUCAAUUGUU